CCGGCUGCUCAGUUGAAUGGCAGCGGGGAGAGCUGGGACACCAAGAGCAGACCUGCAUAGCCGAUCCACAUCAAAGCUUUUUCUCAAGAAAGUGUGAGAAAAAGACCCGGAUCCCUUAUCAGAGGACUGUUGCUAUGGAAGCACUGGUUGAGCGACUGGAGCAGGCUGUGAUUCAUCUGGAGGCCGUGGCCAUCAAAUUGCAGAACUAUCCUGUGGGCUUAGUCAAUGGUGACAUCAACAGCAUAAUGAAUGGAGGUGAAUCCCUGUGCAUGGAGGCCUUUGACCAGUUGCUAAAUGGCCCAGUGUCUGAAUACAUGAAGACCAGCACAGCUAUUGGUGGAGAUGUGGUAAAACAUGCAGAAAUUGUUAACAGUGCCAUGCAGGUCCAGCGUACCUUCCUUAAAAUGGCCACCACACACCAGGAGCCAGCAAAGAUUGAGCUGACCGACCUCCUCAGGCCCCUCUCAGAAAAGAUCCAAGAGGUCCAGAAUUUCCGGGAGAAGAACCGCGGUAGCAGCCUGUUCAAUCACCUGUCUGCAGUGAGCGAGAGCAUUGCUGCGCUAGGCUGGGUGGCUGUGUGUCAAAAACCAGGGCCUUAUGUGAAGGAGAUGAGUGAUGCUGCAAUGUUCUACACGAACAGAGUGCUGAAAGACUACAAAGACAAUGACCUUUGUCAUGUCGAGUGGGUGCAUUCCUAUCUGAGCAUCUGGACUGAACUGCAGACCUACAUUAAGGAGCACCACACCACUGGACUCGUCUGGAACAAGACUGGUCCUGUAGCCCAUCCCCCUCCUUUCACCCCUCCUUCAGAUGGCCCCUGUCCUCCACCUCCACCACCAGGACCUCUUCCAAUGUUCAUGGAGAACAGUCCUAAAUCAGAUGACUCAGCAGCCCAACACUCAGUUCUGUUUGCACAGCUCAACCAGGGAGAGGCCAUCACUAAAGGUUUAAAGCAUGUGUGUGAUGAGCAGAAGUCCCAUAAGAACCCGGCGUUGCGCUCUCAGGGAAGGACACACCAGGGUUCUCCAGCCAAAUGUCAGAACUCCAGCUCGUCUGCCUGUGCACCUGCCAAGAAACAUUCCCCUGUGCUGGAGCUGGAAGGAAAGAAGUGGAGGGUGGAGUACCAAGAACAGGCUCAUGACCUGGUGAUAGAAGAGACGGAGCUCAAACAGGUGGUUUAUAUCUUUGGUUGUAGCAGUUCCACACUCCAGAUCAAAGGCAAAGUCAACUCCAUUAUUGUUGAUAACUGUAAGAAGCUUGGACUUGUGUUUGACAAUGUUGUGGGCAUUGCUGAAAUCAUCAACUCCAAAGACGUUCAACUUCAGGUAUUGGGAAAAGUUCCUACCAUUUCCAUUAACAAGACUGAGGGGUGCCAUGUCUACUUAAGCAAGGACUCACUUGACUGUGAGAUUGUCAGUGCCAAGAGCUCUGAAAUGAACAUUCUUGUUCCUGAGGGAGAAGAUGAUUAUAGGGAGUUUCCCGUUCCUGAGCAGUUUAUAACGGUUUGGGACGGAUCCUGUCUGGUGACAGAGCCCACGAAGAUUGCUGGUUGAUUCCUCACCUCCUCCAGCUCAUCUUCAUCCUACCCAGAACUCUUCGUGCACUUUCAUUGUAUCACACUGUUAGCUAAGACUUAAGAACUUAUAUAUGGUUGUGAGAGCUGUAGUUGUAGGGUCAGACUAUUAAAAUGAAGAGCACAAUAUUUACAAAUUAUGCCCCGCCCCGCCCCGCCCCCGCCCCUGUUCUUGGAUAUAUUUCACCUUUAUAUUGUGCAAGUUGAUGGCACCAUUAUUUAAUGCCAUCAAAGCAAAACUGUAUGUCAGUGAAUGCUGUUUAAGAAGUUAUUUGUUAUUUAAUUUUCUGACAUUUUUGGGUUGAUGGCAUUAUUUCUCAGUUAAAUACAUCAUGGUUCUUUGCAGUAAUAUAAUUACAAUUUGAUAAAGCACUAAGGGGGUCAAUUUAUUUUAUUAAAGGCACUGUAUUUCCAAAUGAAUUCAUUCACUUAUUUGAUGGCGACUGUUUUCUCAAAAUGUAAGAUUAAGUCUGGUUGCAGAUUGAACAGAAUUACAAUUCUGAUUUACUCACCUGUAGAGGCUGUAAACUUAAUUUUAAGGGGAAAUGGUCAUUUGUGUUUUGUGCCAUCUGGUUUGACAUUUCAUAUUGUUUACAGAUCCCAGAUUCAGUUAAUACACUUUUUAAACAUUUUAAAUAAGCAUGUUAAUCUUUUAAAUUAAAUUCAGUGGCAUGAUAAUCUUGUAUCUGCAGGUUUCGGACACAGACUAGGUGCAAAUGUGGACAGAAAAUAAACACAAUCAAGACACUUUUUAUUCUAAGAGUGUGAUAAAUGAAUGAGUGGCUUUAUGGGUAUUUUUUUUAAUAAGAUUUUAUAUUAUUUUAAUAUAGUUUAAAACCCAGCAUGCUUAAUUUUGUCUCUUUAAAAUUUGUUCAUUAUCUCAGACCAGCCAUUUCUGAAAUUUCCACCUGAUUUCCUGUAAGUCAAAAUGAUUUGUAUUGACUGGCACCCCAGAUGUCAUUCAGUACCAUCAGGAGAGUAGCGACAUUGUGCCAUGUUGUCACAGAAAUAAAUUAAAUAAAGCUCAUUAUUGGGUAAAGAAUGCAAACAAAGUACGUUUGUUUCAUAGAUAAUGUUUGCACUCUCAUUUUCACAACUGUCUGUAAAUGUACAUGAUUUAAGUGUUCAACAGGAACGUCUUGAACAUGUGCUUCAGCUCAUUUUGAAUGAAUGCAACAUGUGUUAAUAUGUAGCGUUCUUCAGUCCUUAAAAGGGAAUAAUUAUGUUACAUUUGUUUGGUCAGUGAACAGCCUCCAUUUAACUAAACAUUACUGAAAUGCAAUAUACAGAGUACACUUUGUGUACACUGUAUUAAAUUGCAUGCCUUAAAUUGUACUUUACCAUUACCGAAGUAUGUAUUCAUUACCAUAUUUGAUCAAAUAAAGUAAU